GCAAAGUCCUUGUCCUACUGUUUUGGCCUCUCUCGCGUGUUUGUGACCUCUCUGGUGCACUACCAUACUCGUAUUUCGUAUCAAAAGAAUAAUAAUUAAGAAAAGAAUAUAUUAUAUGUAUAUGUAUAGUCGUACAUAUAUACAUAUGUAUGGACAUGAAGAUGAUGAUGAUCUUGAGAGGGGAUAUGGUUGUGGGAAAGGAUCGAAGUGGGUGACAAGAUGAAGAAGCCGCAUGGAAUUCUUGGGUAUUUGUUAAAAUAGAAAUCACAUAUCCGGCACUUCCAGAUCUCAAGCUUACCAGAAUUCCAGGAUUGCUUUUUCAAUUAAAAAUCCCCCCUUUUUCUCUUGCUGAUUUAGCUGGCCCUGUUCACACAUCCGGCCCUGUUUAGCUUUCUCAAUUAAAGCAUAAUCCAUUUCUAGUGGAUUAUGCUUUUAAGCCUUGAUGCUUGGAUGAAGAAAAUGUAGAGUUUGUGAAGUUGUACAUGGAGUGUCUGCUUUUACUGAAGACGUCUUUCUCAAUAGUUAUGCAUUCCAUUUUGUUGUUGUUGCUGAGAAAGUAGUGAGUAUUUCGUCUUAAUACAAAGAUAAAAAUUGUGAAGUGAGAUAUACAAAAGGCUAGUUGAAGGAAAUGAAGUGUCUACUAUGGGAAGUACUGGGAAUGGCGAUUUGGGCAUUAGUUGAGAUUUGUUCUGCUACUCUUUCUCCAUCUGGUGUAAACUAUGAAGUGGUGGCCUUGUUUGCUAUAAAGACUGCCUUACACGAUCCUCACAAUGUCCUGGAUAACUGGGAUAUUAACUCCGUAGACCCCUGCAGUUGGAGGAUGGUUACCUGUACCCCUGAUGGCUAUGUUUCUGCGUUGGGACUACCCAGUCAGAAUUUAUCUGGGUCCUUAUCUCCCGGAAUUGGAAACUUAACUAAGUUAGAGUCUGUGUUGCUACAAAACAAUGCCAUUUGUGGGAAUAUUCCGGCUGAGAUCGGGAAGUUAGAAAACCUUCAGACGCUUGAUCUCUCCAACAACAAGUUUGAUGGUGAUAUACCUAGCUCAUUGGGUGAACUAGGCAAUUUGAAUUAUUUGAGACUUAACAACAAUAGCCUUUCAGGGCAGAUUCCAGAAUCUCUUUCUAAACUUGAUGGCCUUACUCUUGUGGACGUAUCUUUUAAUAAUCUCAGUGGUAGACCCCCAAAACUACCUGCAAGAACUUUCAAAGUUAUUGGCAAUUCUUUAAUUUGUGGGCAGAGUUCCAAGAACAAUUGUUCCGCAAUCUAUCCAGAAGCGCUGCCCUUUACGUCCAAUAAUGUAAGAGGUCAAUAUGCCGGAACAAAAAAACAUCAUGUGGCUAUUGCUUUUGGGACAAGUUUUAGCGCCUUGUUCUUAAUCGUCCUAUUUGUGUCGCUUGUAUGGUGGCGCUAUAGACGCAAUCAGCAGAUCUUUUUUGAUCUAAACGAUAGCUAUGAUCCGGAGGUAUGUCUGGGUCAUUUGAGGAGGUUCACCUACAAGGAAUUGAGGGCGGCAACGGACCAUUUCAGUUCUAAGAAUAUUUUGGGUACGGGAGGGUUCGGUAUAGUAUACAAGGGUUCCUUAAACGACGGUACUUUUGUGGCCAUCAAAAGGGUGAAAGACUAUAAUGCUGCUGGUGGUGAAAUCCAAUUCCAGACAGAAGUGGAGAUGAUUAGUUUGGCAGUACAUCGGAAUCUUCUUCGACUGUGGGGAUUCUGUUCAACUGAGAACGAGAGGCUCCUUGUUUACCCUUAUAUGCCAAACGGGAGUGUAGCGUCAAGGUUAAAAGAAUAUGCCGUCCAAUUGAAGCUACCGAGGAGAUCCUAGUUGUACAAGUAUACAUAUCCUACUGUGGAUUUGGCUUUUUUCAGAUCAUAUCCAUGGCAGGCCUGUAUUGGACUGGUCAAGGCGGAAAAGAAUAGCAGUAGGGACUGCAAGGGGGUUGGUGUAUUUGCACGAACAGUGUGACCCCAAAAUCAUCCAUCGUGAUGUGAAAGCAGCCAAUAUCCUGUUGGAUGAAGACUUUGAGGCAGUUGUUGGAGAUUUUGGGUUAGCAAAGCUCUUGGAUCAUCAUGAAUCUCACGUGUCGACUGCUGUGCGGGGCACCGUUGGCCACAUAGCUCCUGAGUAUUUGUCUACGGGCCAAUCAUCUGAAAAGACCGAUGUGUUUGGUUUUGGAAUCCUUCUUCUUGAACUAAUAACGGGUCAGAAAGCUGUUGACUUCGGGAGAGGUGCUAAUAACCAGAAAGGAGUUAUACUUGACUGGGCGAAGUCGCUCCAUCAGGAAAAGAAAUUAAGUGUGAUGGUGGACAAAGAUUUAAAAAACAACUAUGACAGUGUUGAGUUAGAAGAGAUGGUUCAGGUAGCCCUACUAUCAACUCAAUUCAAUCCUUCUCAUCGUCCGAAAAUGUCAGAAGUGUUGAGGAUGCUGGAAGGCGAUGGGCUAGCUGAAAAAUGGGAGGCUUCACAAAGCAAUAAUAAUACUACAAGGUAUCGUACCACCCUUGAAAACAUGCCCCAACGAUACUCCGACUUCAUUGAAGAAUCUUCCUUGAUCGUUGAAGCUAUGGAGCUUUCUGGACCUAGAUGAUGAUCACAGUCAAGAAUAUUGAUCAGCCCUAUCAUCUAUUUAAUUUUUCAUGCCACCUAAUAUUCUCUUUAUAGAUAGCUCUUAAGAGGGAUCAGGAUCAUGAAUGGACUUGCUAGUUGUUCUCUGUCAAUUCAGAUUUUUAGUUCAUCGAGUUUCUCGCAACAGUAUGGAGGAUGUACAAAUGCAACGUGCAAUUGUAGGAAAGUAUAGCAUGUUGCUUUAAAAUUGUAAAUUGUGAGAAAGUAGAAACUCAAGUUUAAAUUUCAGUUUCUGCGUAGUGCGAUGUAAUUUGGUAGAAAACCCAAGUAUAAUUUUUAGCCAUUCAUUGAUGAAGGUGAAAUCCCGGUAACUGUUAUAACCAAUCAAUCA